AUGUAUACAAUUAUAUCAACAAUCUAAUCAUUAAAAUAUUAUUCAUACAUAGUACAUCCAUCAUUAUUAAUAAGAUUAUUAAUCUAAGCCAUACUCAAAUAAUGGAUCAAAUGUUCCAAAAUUGCCAUUAAAUAUUAUAAUCAUAUACAAUUUGAUCUAUAUCCAACCUUCUAAAAUAUCAAACUUAAUUAUAAUACUUAACUUAAUCAAACAUUUUUUGAAAUUUUAACUAAACUUUUACCAUCUCAUUCCCCUUAUUUAAAUGUUUUAGAACCAUGUUAUUUAUGGGCAUAAAAUAUGACACAUGUUUUUUUAAAAAUUAAAUUUACUACUAAAAUUGAUAUCCCUGGAGCAUAAACUAUUAAUCAUUUUUAAAUCAAUAUUACUCAACCCUCUUUAUAUCUUGAAGCAUAUUCAUUUGAAUUACUAAAUAGAUAUGUCUUAAGAAUUUAAACUUAUAAAUUUAUGAAUCCUAAUUAUUUUCAUUAUCAAUUUGUUGAAUUAGGCUAAGUGAUUAUUGAAAUCUUAAAAAGUCCAUCUCCUUAUUUUUGGAAAAAUAUUCAUUCAAACAUCAUGUACAAUCCAUCCAAUUAAUAUAUAUGGUGGGAUAUGUAUUAUUAAUAUAGAGGCUAAUUAGAAGUAGCAUUUGGAUUGUUAGAAGAUACUGAAAAUAAAAGAGAAUUAAUUGAAAGAUAAAAAUUAUCAGAAGAAAUAAAAUUAAGAGAAAGCAAAAAAUAAUUUGAAAAAAUAAAGAAUGAUAAUUAAGAAUUAUAUAAAUAAUUAUAUUGUAGAUAUUGUAAACCUAUAGAUGGAGACUAAUGGUCAAGUUGGAUUAUUUGA